AAAUGUUGCUUCAAGCACUAGCUAUCCUCUCCAUCACACUCUCAUUCAUUGUUUUUGUGUUCUUCCGAAAAAAACAUCAUGGGAGAACUGCACCAGGUCCUAAACCCUUGCCAAUUAUAGGUAACCUUCACAUGCUAGGAAAACUCCCACAUCGAAGCCUUCAAUCCCUUGCCACAAAAUAUGGUCCCAUAAUGUCCUUAAAGCUGGGGCAGGUCCCAGCCAUAGUGGUUUCUUCCCCCGAAACUGCAGAGCUGUUCCUGAAAACCCAUGACAUUGUUUUUGCCAGCAGACCCAAAACCCAAGCCACCGAAUUUCUUUCUUAUGGCAGCAAAGGUUUGGCCUUUUCUGAGUACAGUGCAUACUGGCGCAACAUGAGGAAAGUGUGCACUCUGCAGCUUCUGAGUGCCUCAAAGGUUGAAAUGUUUGCUCCUCUGAGGAGAGAAGAGUUGGGAAUGCUGGUGAAGUCGCUGAAAAAUUGUGCAGAAUCAGGUGAAGUCGUGGAUCUGAGUCAUUUGCUGGGGGAGCUGAUGGAGAACAUCGUCUUCAAAAUGGUGUUGGGACGUGCCAAAGAUGACAGAUUUGACAUGAAAUUGCUGACUCACGAGGUGAUGAACUUGCUUGGAGCUUUCAAUCUUGCAGAUUACAUGCCCUGGGUAGGGGUGUUUGAUCCUCAGGGAAGAACAAAAAGAUUAAAGAAAGCAGCAAAGUCAUUUGAUGAGUUUCUGGAGCAAAUAAUUCAAGAACAUGAAAGUAAUCCAUACGAUGAAGAUAAAAAUCACAACAUGGACUUUGUGGAUAUUUUGUUGUCACUCAUGCACCAACCCAAUGAUCUUCAAAACCACCAAUAUGUCAUUGAUAGAACAAAUGUGAAAGCUAUAUUAUUUGACAUGAUCACUGCAACAUUUGACACCUCUUCCACAACAGUAGAAUGGGCUAUGUCACAACUCUUAAGACAACCAUGUGAGAUGAAGAAACUUCAACAAGAGCUACAACAUGUGGUUGGAAUGAAUAGACACGUGGAGGAAAAGGACUUGGAAAAGUUGUCUUAUUUGAACAUGGUGGUGAAGGAAACACUAAGGUUACACCCGGUUGGACCUUUGCUAGUACCUCAUGAGUGCAGAGAAGAUGUUACUAUUGAUGGUUAUUUCAUAAGGAAAAGAUCAAGGGUUAUAAUAAAUGCUUGGGCUAUAGGGCGAGAUCCUAAAGUUUGGGAAAUGGCCGAAAUUUUCAAUCCUACAAGGUUUGAGAAUAACAACAUAGACAUUCGUGGAAAGGACUUUCGAAUUAUACCAUUUGGGUCAGGUCGAAGAGGGUGCCCUGGGAUUCAUUUGGGUUUAACCAUGGUUAGUCUUAUUUUGGCUGAAUUGGUGCAUUGUUUUGACUGGGUGCUUCCGUUGGGCAUGUCUUGUGAUGAGUUAGACAUGGAAGAGAUAUUUGGACUCACCGUACCAAGAAAGAAGCAUUUGUUAAUUAGACCAAUUUAUCGAUUAGCUGUUUAGUUUAAGAUAGGAUAAUUGUGCAAAGAUAUUUGUCAUUGAUUUCAAUUUCAAUUCCAGUUUAAAACAUGUGGCACAUUUAACAACAUGUUAAAAUAAUUUGAAUAAUCAUUUUGAUUUUGGAUUUAA